AUGGACGCACAUCGUAGGUCUUUGAAGUGGUUUGCAGGCCAGUCAAACAAACUAAAGGUAUCGAAUUGUCAAAAUAGAUAUAAGUAUGUCAGAGUCAAUUCAUCAUUGUCCUGGCGCCCGUUAUCCAGCUCUCUUAAGUGGGAUAAAUACACGUGUUCUAGCUUAACUAGUGCACAUGUAUUUAAACACAGUCCCUCUAGUAUUUAUUCUAGAUUUAACGGGAAUCAGACAUACAACACAAAGAUUGGCAAAGAUAGACCCUACAAUUAUAUUAGGAAAAGCGAUCACAGGAACGGUAAUCAACAAUUUUCGACCCCCGUUCCUGACUUCUCACAGCAUCAGGAUAAAUUAUUUAGUAGUGAAAUUUCUAGUGGUGUGAUAAGUCGGGUUCGGGAAAAUAAUGUUCGUUUGCCACCUAGUAGUACCAAUGUAUUGUAUACUAAAACAAGUCGGUUUAGGUAUGUCAAGCCUGGUAGUUCAGCUAGUUCGGGGCUUGCAUCUAAAAAUAACUCACAGCUUGUCACGAAGUUUUCCAUUAAGAAAAUGAACCGGCACAAUAUACCUCGUCCAUCUGCAUAUCAGUACAAGAAAAUUGUCCAGAAGGCUGUGCACAGUUUGAAGUUCCGUCGCCGUAUGGUUUGUCAAAGUUACUGCAGGACUGGAUUUUGCUCUGCGCAGCAGUGCUCUUACUCUCAUGAUGAAAAUUAUCUACGUAUCUGCCCAAGGUUUUUACAACAAAGCUGUUCUCUGGGAAGCGAGUCUUGUCCACUUGCUCAUGUGUUAGAUCCGUGUAGACUGCCACAAUGUACUUAUUAUGAAUCCGGAAAGUGCGGACGCCUUCACUGUCCUUAUUUGCAUGUAAGGCACCCUCCAAAGACAGCUGUAUGUUCAGAUUUCUCUCGUGGUCGUUGCCCGCUAGGUCGCUUGUGUAUUAAGCGCCAUAUAUGGGUGCAAAAGUCAUUUUCGAACAAGUCUGGUCAUCAGAAAUUAUCCAAAUUAACAACUGUUUCUAAAAACGCCUGUAGAACUUUAAUUACUAAACUAGAAGAUACUUGUGAUCAUAAUGAUUUUGGUCCUGUUGCUGCCCCAGCUGGUUCACUACGCAACGUAUAUCCUCCUCCGGAAUUCAUUCCUCUGAUCUCAGACAAUGACGAUUCCAUGACAGGUGGAGAUGCGGAUUGUUUAUGA